AUGACCUAUAGAAAAGCAAGAGGAUUAUGUUUUAAGUGUGGAGCUAAAUGGGGACCCCAGCAUAAGUGUGCAGCUACUGUACCUCUGCAUUUGGUGGAAGAAGUCUGGCAAAUGUUGGCUGAACCAGUACCUAUUUCCACCACAACUACAGAGUCUGAUGAUGAUGAUGAUGAGUUAAUGGCUCUGUCGGAACAUGCUCUUAAAGGUACCUGUGCUGCUCAUGCUUUGAAAUUUGCUGCCUCCAUUUACGACUUUCAGUCAGUGAUCUUAGUCGACCCUGGAAAUUCACAUAACUUCAUCAGUGAACAGUUAGCUUCCCAGUUGACACCUUGGACACCACUUGCCCAUCCUAUGACUGUCAAAGUGGCUGAUGGAGCUACUCUCAAAUGUACUCAUGAAGUUGUGAAUUGUUCUUGGUCUCUACAAGGCACAUUAUUCACUACAACCUUCAAGAUUCUUCCUCUGCAUUACUGGGAAUGGAGUGGCUUGUCUUUCAGUCCAGUGCAAAUAGAAUGGAAACAGAAGUGGUUGAGCUUUGUUCAACAAGGACAACAAAUUCAACUACAGGGCAUUCAAGAAAAUGUGCAUUUUGGUAUCGAUCCUGAUCAAGACUGCAUUGUGCCUGAGCUGGAUAAAUGGCUCCUUCAACGCCAAACUGUCAAUGAAUUGCUUCAUCAGCAGCUCCUGCGUGCUCAGCAACGACAGAAGAACCAAGCUGACAAGCAUCGUACAGAACGUCAGUUUGAGGUUGGUGACACAAGAACCUGUCAUAUGCUCUCUUAUCGCUACUUUGGGCCCUAUGAAGUGGAAGCAAAGCAUUCAUCCGGUGUUCCAUGUUUCUCUUCUGAAAAAGGUAACACUGUCUCAUUUUCACCUUUGGCUCUAGACACUUCGUCUAAGCAGACACCAGAACUUGCACUGGAUCGUCGGCUUUGCACCAAAUCCCGCCGCACCUACUAUCAACUGUUGAUCAAGUGGUCUGGUUGGCCACCGGAGUUGGCUACUUGGGAAGACGAAGACGAAGUGAUCCGUCUGUUCCCUGAUUUCACGGCUUGGGGACAAGCCGUUGCCAAUGAAGGGGGAGAUGUCACAGUACGAGUCAAAGCCCCCGAAGGAAGCACUAAGACCAAAAGGCCCAGGAAGCCCAACACUCGAGUCAUUGGCCCAGACUGGAAAGCGUAG